GACUCCAGCGGGAGGGCGGGCGGCACUAGAGAGAGCUGCGCCCGCCCCGCCCCGCGCGCCGCCUCCCCAGCCCGCGCCGCCGAGAUGGCGGAGGACAGCGAGUCUGCGGCCAGCCAGCAGAGCCUGGAGCUGGACGACCAGGACACGUGCGGGAUAGACGGGGACAAUGAGGAGGAGACGGAGCACGCCAAAGGAAGUCCCGGAGGGGAUUUGGGAGCCAAAAAGAAAAAGAAGAAACAGAAGAGAAAAAAGGAGAAACCAUAUUCCGGGGGUACCAAGUCAGACUCCGCAUCUGAUUCCCAGGAGAUUAAAAUUCAGCAGCCUCCAAAGAAUCCCAGCAUUCCCAUGCAGAAGUUGCAGCAUAUCCAGAGAGCAAUGGAGCUGUUGUACGCCUGCCAGGGCCCCGCCAGGAACAUUGACGAGGCUGCAAAGCACAGAUACCAGUUUUGGGACACACAGCCGGUACCCAAACUAAAUGAAGUCAUAACAUCUCAUGGUGCAAUUGAACCAGAUAAGGACAAUAUACGCCAAGAACCAUAUUCUUUGCCACAGGGUUUCAUGUGGGACACUUUAGACUUGAGUAAUGCCGAGGUGCUCAAGGAGUUGUACACGUUGUUGAAUGAGAAUUACGUGGAAGAUGAUGACAACAUGUUCCGCUUUGACUACUCGCCCGAGUUCCUGUUGUGGGCUCUGCGUCCCCCAGGCUGGCUCCUCCAGUGGCACUGUGGGGUCAGAGUGUCUUCAAAUAAAAAACUGGUGGGGUUCAUAAGCGCCAUCCCAGCGAACAUUCGGAUUUAUGACAGUGUGAAGAAAAUGGUAGAAAUCAACUUUCUUUGUGUCCAUAAGAAACUGAGGUCAAAGCGGGUGGCCCCAGUGUUAAUCCGAGAGAUAACUAGACGAGUGAACCUGGAAGGAAUCUUUCAGGCCGUGUAUACCGCCGGAGUCGUUCUUCCCAAGCCGGUGGCCACGUGCAGAUACUGGCAUCGAUCACUAAACCCCAGAAAAUUGGUAGAAGUGAAAUUUUCUCACUUGAGUAGAAAUAUGACUUUACAGAGAACAAUGAAGCUAUACAGACUUCCAGAUGUUACAAAGACUUCAGGUUUGAGACCGAUGGAACCGAAAGAUAUCAAAGCAGUUCGAGAAUUAAGCAACAGUUACCUGAAGCAGUUUCAUCUAGCACCAGUGAUGGAUGAAGAGGAAGUAGCCCACUGGUUCCUCCCCCGGGAGCACAUCAUCUACACGUUUGUAGUGGAGAACUCCAGUGGAAAACUGACCGACUUCCUGAGCUUCUACACACUCCCCUCGACAGUGAUGCACCACCCGGCUCACAAAAGCCUCAAAGCUGCCUACUCUUUCUACAACAUUCACACGGAGACGCCCCUUUUGGACCUCAUGAACGACGCACUCAUCCUGGCUAAAUCGAAAGGAUUUGAUGUCUUCAAUGCACUAGAUUUGAUGGAAAAUAAGACAGUCUUAGAAAAACUAAAGUUUGGUGUAGGCGAUGGCAAUUUGCAGUAUUACCUGUACAACUGGAGGUGUCCAGGAACAGACUCUGAAAAGGUUGGACUUGUACUACAGUAGGUGGAUAUUUUUAUUUCUAGAACUCUGACAUCAUUUGUUAAUAUUCUAAUGAUUUCUGGAACUGCCAUUCCAAAGAAGAAUAAAAGCACAACUUAAAUGAAACUGAAGUGUAGUAGAUAACAAUCAGAACAGAUGGAAAAAAAAUCCACAUGUGACCAAUAGUACACAUUUCUAGCUAGGACGUUAAAAUUCAUCUUUUUUUCACUGUUUACCCAUUUGUGGGAGAAAUGAAAGGGUACAAAGAGCACAUUCUUCUAAUUUUUAAACUUUUGGCUGUCUCUUGAUGAAGAGAGGUAUUUUUCCACUCUCUAGCAAAGGGACUUUUUCUGCAGACUGAACAGAAGUCACAAAAUAGCGUAAGGAAAUCUUUGCUGUUGUGUGGAGAUAAACUGCUGCAUUUCUGUUUAUUCAGUAUAUUUGUCCCUGGAACAGAACGAGAGAUCCAUUUGGAAAAUUUUUACUUGUGUCAUCUUACAUGGUAUCUUUGGGAACAUUUAUGGAAUUAACACUUCUGUGACUCAAGGACAAGUGGUGGAUGUUGAAGUGUGGAACAAUAUAAAAAUGUACUGGUGACUAGGACAUUGAUUUCUCCCUAAGCAAAGUUGCCAAAUCAGUAAACAUACAGCUUUUGUACUUUGAUCUUCAUGAGGUCAGUGGAUCGUUUCAAAAGCAAAGUUCUGUGCACACACUGUGUGCUCUCUGAAAGAGCACAUGCCCACGACUGACUAGACUUUUCUGCUGCUAUGAAAACACCAGUUUCUUCUCAGCAACAUCAAGGAUCUAUGUGAGCAAAAGGAAAUAAAAGCUCUAAGUCAAAAAGAGAUGCACGGUGGAAUUUAUUAGUGCUAUCAGGACAUUGAGAGUUUGAAUGUUUUUAUUACUUAUGCAGAAUUGCACAUGUUCCUUUUUGCUGACUUUAAUUUAUCACGAAAACUGUCAUGCUAAUGGAAAAUGUCUUAUUUGUAAAUAAGUAUUCAUAAUUUUGUUACUGAUGGUGUUUUUAUCUAGAAUUUGAAAAAC